AUGAUCACAAACGUUCUGAACCGCCCAGAUUUCCGAGCCUUUCGCCAACUAUUGGCUACGAAUCUGCGUCGGAUAGCACUAUCGCCCCUCACAAUGCUCGUUUGGUCAGCUUAUACAUCUGUAAACUUUAUGAGGUGGAAACUGGCGAGGUCCCAACACAGGCCGCUUAUCCGAGUUGUCUGUGUUUCUGACACGCACUCCCAGCGCUGCGAUAUACCAGAUGGCGACAUUCUGAUUCACGCGGGAGAUCUGAGCCUCCAUGGGAGCGCCCUGGAGAUCCAGGAAACGGUUGACUGGCUGAAAUCACUCCCGCACCAGUGCAAAGUCGUGAUAUCUGGUAAUAGUGAUCGGUUUUUUGAUUUUCGUUCCCGAUUAGCGGAAGAUAGGCUAGCGACGGAACCACCAGUUGAGAACGAGAGCAAAAGCGCCGUACAACAUAACCGUGGUGUCUCAAUUGACUGGGGUGACAUCCAUUAUCUCCAGCAGGCUUCGGUAUCACUGCCCCUUUGUGACACAUCUGGUGUACUGCGGCAAAUCCGUGUCUAUGGAGCGCCACAGAUCCCUGUUUGCGGCGGUCCUGAAAAUGCCUUUCAAUAUCCCGUGGAUCAAGAUGCAUGGGCCGACACCAUCCCAGCAUCUACGGAUAUCUUGGUCACGCAUACACCAGCCAAAUUUCACGGAGACUGGUACCAAGGAUCUCCCGAAGGAUGCCCAUUUUUGCUGGAGGAGCUGUGGAAAGUUCGCCCUCUACUGCAUGUAUUCGGCCACGUGCAUACCUCUUAUGGGUUCGAGAGAGUACACUGGGAUAACGCUCAGUGGUGGAUGGAGAACUAUUAUCGGCAUCUUUCACACUCUAUUCAAAAUCACGUAAUGUUCGCCCUUCCAGACUUUUUCCAUCCAUUGCUGUGGCUGGACGCUGUAAUGAUUCUGCUCUCUGGUACGGUGACUCUUAUGAGGGGCUUGGUUAGUCUCUGUCGCAGAGAAAAACGGUCUACAUUGAUGGUAAAUGCUGCUUGCAUGAGCGAAGACGGCUCACGGCUGGUCAACGAGCCGAUUGUUGUGUAUAUAUAG